UCAGAGAACCAUUAGCAGAAACUCCAGGAACACAGCAGGAGAAGAAACGCUUUCAAACGCUUGUGAAGCAAGAACAAUAUUUUAACUAAAGUGGCUUGUUAAAUCUUGUUUUGUCUAACGUUCGUGGCAGUGGGACUACACAAGGCAAUAUUGGCUCUUUCUGUUAUCAUGCUGCUCUUUGAGGCAGGAGUGUCCUCAUCCCCCUCUUCCUCAGGCUUGGAGAAUCAGAUCUUCCAAUAUAUUGAUCUUCAUCAAAAUGAAUUUAUUCAGACCCUUAAGGAAUGGGUAGCCGUGGAGAGUGAUUCUAUUCAACCACGGCUAAGACAAGAAGUAACACGAAUGGUGGAAUUAACAGCAGACAGGCUUCGAGCUUUGGGAGCCACUGUUGGGUUAGUGAAGUUGGGAUCCCACAAGCUGCCUGAUGGCCAGAGCCUUCUGUUGCCUCCUCUAAUUCUAGCAGAACUUGGUAAAGAUCCACAAAAACCCACUGUAUGUUUCUAUGGCCAUGUGGACGUACAACCUGCCAAAAAAGAAGAUGGAUGGAAAACUGACCCCUACACACUGACUGAAACUGAUGGAAAUCUUUAUGGGCGUGGAGCAACAGAUAACAAAGGACCUGUCUUGGCCUGGAUAAAUGCAGUGGAUGUAUUCAGAGCACUAAAAUUAGACAUGCCAGUAAACCUCAAGUUCAUUAUUGAAGGUAUGGAAGAAGCAGGAUCUCUUGGACUAGAGGAAUUAAUUAAGAAAGAAAAUCAGCUUUUUUUCUCUGAUGUUGACUAUAUUGUGAUUUCGGAUAACCUUUGGCUUAGCAACAGGAAACCAGCCCUCACCUAUGGGACUCGGGGGAACCUCUGCUUCUUCGUGGAGGUACAGUGUGGGGAGAGAGAUCUUCAUUCAGGAAGUUUUGGAGGCAUCAUUCAUGAACCAAUGACCGAUCUAAUAGCUCUGCUUGAUAGCCUUGUGGAUACAUCAGGUCAUAUUUUGAUCCCUGGAGUCUAUGAUAAUGUUGCUUCCCUUAUGGAAGAGGAGAAGAAGUUAUAUGAAGCAAUUGAAUUUGAUCUAGAGGAACAUAAAAAUAAUAGUGGUGUGAAAAAAUUCCUAUAUGACACUAAGGAGGAAGUACUUAUGCACCUGUGGCGUUAUCCCUCUCUCUCUAUUCAUGGGAUUGAAGGAGCUUUUCACGAACCAGGAAUAAAAACAGUUAUACCCGCAAGAGUAAUAGGAAAAUUUUCAAUCCGGCAAGUCCCUCACAUGGACAUUUCAAUCGGAGAACGUCAGGUGAUACAAUAUUUAGAGGAUGUAUUCUCUAAGAGAAACAGCCCAAACAAACUGAAGGUGUCUGUGCCAAUAAGUGCAAUGCCAUGGGUUGCUGACAUAAAUUCUCCUCUUUAUACAGCAGCAAGAAGGGCAAUCAAAACAGUUUUUGGACAAGAUCCAGAAAUGAUCCGGGAUGGCUCAACAAUUCCUAUUGCCCAAACGUUCCAGAAUAUAACAAGGAAGAGUGUGAUGAUGCUUCCAAUUGGAGCAGCUGAUGACGGAGAACAUUCCCAAAACGAGAAAAUAAGCAGGCACAAUUACAUUCAAGGAACAAAACUGUUUGCAACCUUUUUCUUGGAGAUUGCAAAGCUGCAUGGACAGUUACAGGAAGCGUCCAACACGACGACUACAAACUGAUGGAUCCUGGCAAGACAAUAAGCUAUACACCUGUGUAUUGGCUUAAGUAUCUAACCUCCUCCUUUACUACUCUGGAGAAACAUGUACAAACAAUAAAAUAUUUAGAAGUUGUCAUAAAUAUAAAGGGAAGGGUAACCACCUUUAAAAUCCCUCCUGGCCAUGUCUGAAACUGUUGAAAAAUUAAAUGCCUGCUACAGCUCACAACAUGCACUAACUAGCAUAUAGACAGUGUUUAACCAAAUCAAGUGAUUCCUUGCGCAAUACAAUUGGAUCAAAGGUGCCUCAUGCUCAUUGAAUGGAAUGUUUCAGUUUGUAACUUUAGCUUAGGGGGGUGUUUGGAGCAGGAAACACAGUUUAUGUUAUUAAAGUUUACUUAUUUCCAGACAUGAGCCAGGUCAGCCGAUAGUUGGGGGGUACAGUGAGGGCAGCUGGCUUCAGCAGUGUUACUGAGCAUGCUCAGUGCAUUUGAGCAUGCUCAAUACAAGCCAAGCAGCAAAUCUGGGGUGGGGGAGCAUGUGACCCUGCAUGCCCUCCCGCCCCGUAUUACUGCUGCUUAUUUGCAGUUUGGCAAAGAUCGUAUUGCUUUGUUCACAUUCCAAUUCCUGAACAUAAGCUCCUUCGCAGUACCCCUUCUUUCCUUUUGGCUAUGUAUGAAUUUCUAUCAGAUGAUUUGCUGAAAAAUAUUUCACCAUAUUAACCUCUUGCCUGGUCACUUUUCCUAUGCAAAAAACUGGAAAUAAGAUGAAUAUGCCAUCAGGAUCAGUUUGUCAAACUCAGUGCAAAGGAUAGCCCAGUCCUGAAAUCUCUCAUUCUCAUGAGCAGUCCCUCUGAAGUCAAUGGAGCUUCUCAGGUGAAAAGAGAUUUGCCAGUUUGGAUCCUGCCUCGUUCUUUGUUUAAUCCUAUUCUCUUCCCAUUUUGCUGUUUGUCAUUAAAGAUUGCUGUGUAUUAUUCUCCUCCUUAAUGUGACUUUAUUUUUAUACACCAAGCAUGAAGUCAUUCAUGAAUAUCUUUUCAGAUGGAUAGUGUAUCACCUGAAUAGGUGUUUUACUCCCAACUCAGCUGGUUCUAAAUUGUCAUCACUUUUAAAGUAUCAAUUUUAGGUUAAGAACAAAUUAAAAACUAAGACAAGUGAUGUGUGUUGAAACUACAUUUACA